UUCAUAAUAUGACAAUGUAGAUGAAUUUCUUUUGUGUUGGAAUAGUAACCAAUCUUGGUCACAGAAAGAUGAUUUGUUUUUAAGCUAAUACAUGUAUAUUGUAACAUUAAAAUCAAUAUUCAGUCUAUUUCAUCUGCCCAUUUUGAGUUCUUUGACCAUGUUGACAGAUGUGUUUUAGCUUAGAAGAAAAUGUAAAACUGAAUUGAAAAUCAAAUUAAUGGAGAACAAAUUUAUAAUUAUUAUGUUGAUAUUUUGUGACUGAAAGAAAUAAUAUAACAGUUUCCAUCAUUUUUUGAAUGCUUCUCAAAAUUUGUCGAGUAAGGUUUUAAGGUAAGGCUUACAGUGUACUCCUGUUUAUAUAUGGUACUCAUAUGUACUAUUUUGGACAAUUAUAUGGUGUUUUGGAAAAUAAUGUACUGUGUGUUUUUAUAUACCUUAAAUUGACAGUAAUACAUCACUUGAGUUCUCUUAUGCUGUAGCUAAUUCUUUAGGUGACCUUUCUUUUCAUUUGAUUAAAGAAAUAUUAGACAGGCAGCAUUCUAUUUGGAGAACAAAUAUUGUUUUAUAAGACAGAUGGGCCCUAAAAUUAUGAUGCAUCAAAAUUCAGUUCAUGAUAGGAUUAUGGCUCAUAGUUAAAGCAUGGAUUUUGAACAUGUGAUGUAUUCCUGAAUUUGUUCAGAGGCUACUAUACAAUGACAAAAGUCUUGACUUGAUGCCAGAUUUUUGUUUUUAUUUUAGUAUAUUCUGAACUCUAGGAAUAAAUGUUGUUAUGAAUUUCAGAUAUGCUGAUAGAGAUUUUUCAGGGCUGAAGUUUGAGGCAGUUGAAAUUACUAUGAUCACUCAUGCUAUUGUUCUGGGAAGACUGUAUUCAACUCUCAUUCUAGUUCAAAUUUAACCGCUGUACAAUAUUCUCCAGAUUUGGUUCACUUUUGGCAUAAAUUGGCUAUGGUAUUUUAUGUUUUUAAAUGUCAAUUAUACCAUCCUCUUUAUAUCUACCUUACGUUUUCCUCCCAUCAUCUGCAGGAGUCUAUACUCUGCUAUGUUUUUUGCUAGCUCCCUAAACAUCUCCAGGAGUCUAUACUCUGCUAUGUUUUUUGCUAGCACCCUAAACAUCUCCAGGAGUCUAUACUCUGCUAUGUUUUUUGCUAGCUCCCUAAACAUAUCCAGGAGUCUAUACUCUGCUAUGUUUUUUGCUAACUCCCUAAACAUCUCCAGGAUGUUUAUUUACUUAUGAAGUCUGCUAUGUUUUUUGCCAAGUCUUACUAAAUAAGCACUAGGUCAGAUUGUGUUAAAAUUAGCAUUUAUUACAAAUGCCAAACAAAAUCACAAUAUACAAAAUAUAAAUGUCACACUUGUUGGAAUUCAAGUAACAUUUAUCUUGUCUAGACUAGCAAAUCACACAAUUAUGGAUAUGAAAACAUACAUAAUAUAGUGGUGGAGUACAAAUGGCAAAAAGAUUAAGCUAUACUGCAUAAAACAGGCCACAAACUUGACCAUAUCUAAAAAUAUGGGCAAUUGCCCCAAUUAUGACAACUUUUUUGAAACUAUUAUAUAAUUGAUGCACUGACAAAAGAUUCUUCAUGCAUUUACAAGUCAGCAUUAGUAUAAAUGAUGGAAGAGGGCAGGUGAAAUUGGUUUCAUUGACAAUUUUGUGGAAAAUAAGCAUAAUUCCUGGAAUAUGAAAACAUCAAAGCUCUUCGUCCAUAAUUAAACAUAUAAAAUUGUUAACAAUGCCAUGAUGUAGUCUGAAUACUAGAUUAAAUUUUAUUUUAUUUUAUAAAGAAAAGAGAUCCAUUUUGGAAGGACCUUUUACAGAUUUCAAAUAAUUGGCACAAUUUGAUAUAAUGAGAAAAUGUGAAAGUAUGAAAUCAUGUAUCCAUACAAUGACUCAUUUGCAAUUAUUUUGAAAAAUUGUAUGUGUUUGAAAAGUUUACAUGGCCAAUUUAGGCCCUUAUUGAACUAAUUGCAUUCCAUUGCACAUGUACUAAUAAGUUUUUAAUCAUUCAUCUUCAUGAUUAAUUAUGUUUGCUUCAACAGAAUUCCUUGCUGAAUGUGAAAACUUUCUGAAAUUAAUUAACACAUUUGACUUGUUUCACUAUAUUACUUUUCUACUAAUAUCAAUGUGGAAGAAUGAUCAUGUGAUAAUCUCUUUUUGCAUCAACUAGAGCAUUUUGUGUUUGAAAUGUUUCAGCUCACAUUCUAACAAGUAUAGUCCCAGUACUAAUAAACGAAGGCAGCAUCACAGGUCUGGGAAGCUUGAGAAAAUGGCAUGUUGAAAUAUUCCUUAUUGUGCUGUUGCAUCUUAAAAUAUUUCUAAGGUAAAGGGAAUUUAUUUGUUAACAUUCUGGUAGAAAUUGAAGAGAGAAAAAAAAUUCCAAAUCAUAUAAAACUUUCAAGACAUGGGCUUCCAUGGAAUUAAAGACACCAGUUGGUAUGCAGAUAACUUUUUAACUUUGACAUUCUAAAGAGGUAAGUGCCAAUGUUUAUAAAUACAUGUACCUUAUAACUGAAUUAAAAAAUGAAAAGAUUCUGCAGGUAGCUAUUUUUUGUGGUAUUCCUUCAACCAUCAAAAAAUGACUACCGGUAUCCCAUAAUUAAAAUCUCCAAAAAUAUAUGCCUUCAUUUCAUAUACCGACCUGCAGAAAAAAACACCUUUAUGUGUUAUUGUAAACACUACACAGUGGGCAUUCAUUUAGCUUAUUUUCUGUAGUUGUAUUAAGUUUCAAGUUAUCUUCAUUUGAGUUUGAAGGCUAAUUGUAAACAUAAUGUAGUCUUAAUUUUUUUCCACCAAAACUACUGUGAGAACUUGGUUAAGAGCGAUACAGUUAGCCUUUUCCGUAUUUUCAGUAAUUUGUGUUUUGAUGUUGUGAGAUAUUUCUUCAUGUGCUGUUGGAGAUUUAUAUUCCAUUGCUGAUUAGUACUGAAAUUCCAAUAAGUCUACAAUGCGAUUAUGAAUGCUAAAGGAUGACUGAUGAUAGUUAAGUAGAUUAGUAUGAGAAAGUGAGUCUUGCCUACUUAGACAUUUUUUAUCCAUACAAAUAUCUAGACAUUUUUAUUAAUCAUGCAAAAACAACCUCUAAAAUUUUGUACCUUUUAAAUUCAAUUUAUUAUUUUUUAAAUUAUCAUGUUAUUGCAAAAUAGAUAUGAAACAUAUGUCAUACUGUGUAUUGUUAAACUUAAUUUGUUGACUGUUUGCAUGAUACAGCUCCCAUCACAAAAGACGUAGAAGAAAGAGACGACAUCGAACACCAAGUCCCCAGCAGUCAAGCCACAGUUCUAAGGAUAGUUCAUCGGAUGAUGAAAGAAACAACAAUGAGACUGAGAAGAGCAAAAAGUCAAAGAAUGAAGAUGAAGUCUGGAGAAAAUCCGGAUCAAUGUCCAGGAAGCUGUCUAUUUCCUCCACCCAAUCCGGAAGUCCUCCUCCAGACAGUACCCAUUCCAGUAAAAAUAUAGUUAAGGAAAUUUCUUCAAAGUCCAAAUUGCCCUCACCAUCUAGAUCUCAAGAAAAAACAGAGAAGGAUAAAUCUUCAGUGCCACUGCAGUACCAGAUACUCUCUUCUCCCACCAGUAAAUCACCAAAGCCAACAAAGUACAAGACCCCUUCCCCUGUCAAACAUAAAUCUCCCCGUCCCACAAGAUUUCACUCCCCUUCCCCAGCAGAUAGGUACCAAGCAUCCCCAUCUGUCAAGAAGAGAUCAGUUACCUACACCCCAGACAGAAAGAGGGCCUCACCUCAACCAAGGUCAAGGAGUCAUUCAAGGUCGCACAGUAGAUCAAGAAGAAAAAAUUAUUCCUGGUCACGAAGUCUAUCCCGAAGUUACAGCAGAAGUGUAUCAAGGAGUCGAUCACGGCGGCGAGAAUCCCGCAGUCCAUCGAUCCGUCGGAGGAAAGGCUCCCCCAGUCAUUUGGAUAAACGAAGGAUUACUAGAAUAGCAGCAUACCUGCCAUCAUGUGCCAGGAAGCGACCGAUCCCGUACUACCGCCCCACACCCCCGAGUCCUAGUUCUGACAGUGAUGACUCGUUCUACCAUUACCACCGAUCUAAGAGUCCCUCUCGCCACAGACAGCGCAGCAGGAGUAGUAGUAUACUUCACUACAGCCGCCGUAGCUGGAGCAUAGAUAGCGACAAAGGAAUAUAAUGUACUGCAUGGAUAGGAUUGAAACGUGAUGUACAGCUGACUGCAUCAAACAAAUACAUGUAUGGAAAAAUAAUGUGCAGCGUAGACAUAAGGCACUAGGAUUUGAUUUUAAUAGUAAGAUGCAGUUAAUUUGACUUUGUCAACAUUUUUGAUAUCGUAAAAACUUAAUUGAUCAUAAGUUGCACCAUAUGGUAUCCUGGGAAUGAUGUCACAAUUUGUGUAGCUCCACUUGUCCUAUUUUGUUGCAACAGCAAUAUUGCUCUGAGUCAUUCUUCAGAUUACAUUGAAUGCAUUCAAAAAAUGUAAGGAAUGGAAAUGGUUUAUACUUAUUUUGCACAAUAUAAAAUAGAUUAGGAUAUUUAUAAAUUACUUCACUUUAUAUCAUAUAAGAUGAGUAGAAAUCAUUUCAUCCUAAAAUAAUGUACAGCAUAGAAAGUGCAACAUAAAAUAUCAGCAAAUAAAAUGUACCAAAAAAAAAAGAAUAAGACAUACGGUAGGCAAAGAUAAAGACACCUUUAUUGUUUCCUAUAUAAAAUCAUUACUAUUAGAACACAUCAUCUUAACUAUUAAGUGAAAAAAAUUCCCAAAUGUGUUGAAGAUUUGUUGCCCUCUAUAGAUCUGUGGUCUUAAUUUCAUUGGUUAUGGAAGUCAUGUGAUUCUAAAGUAGUCCAGAAAAAAAGGUGCAUAUUACCGAUUUGUUCUUUAAAUGGAUGCUGUUAUUUUAGCUUGUAAAAAUGAACUGAUACCAUGACUAAUGUUGCACUUUAUAUAGAUGUUGAAAGUGCAAUUUUGUUUUGGAAAACACUGUGCUUAUUUGUUUGUAAUGAAAUCCACUUAUGGCUCACUAGCUGCCAUGGCUGCCUGUUAAUGAAAGCUGUUUAGUGGCAUAAUGUUGUCAAGUCUCACUCAUUCGCUGUUUAGUUUCACUCUGUCCUUGUGAAAUCUCAUUAGCUGUUUAUUUUUACUUUUUUAAAAUCUAUUUAUAGAUACAUGUACCAUUAACCAGAGGUUGUCAGUGUUAUGCAUAUGCAGAUUAUCCAUUUCCAAUUAAUUUGAAAAUGGGAGCCCUGUUGGCUAUAGUAAUCACAUUGUUCAUCCAUCCAUCUGUCUAUCAAUUCUUUGGCUAUAGUAAUCACAUUGUUCAUCCAUCUGUCUAUCAAUUCUUUUGUUGUGAAACAUAACUCGAACAGAUUUUGCCAUUAUGUUUUUGAAUUUAUAAAAAUAGAUUUUAAUUGUCUUACUCGCCCAGUAUGGUUAGUUAGUAACUUCAACGUAACUUUGUAAGGUACAGGAAAAAAUAAAAUGAUACAAAACAUAUUUUUCAUUCAUCUGUAAAAGGAGGAUUGUCAUGUUGGAAAGAAACAUCAAUUAAAAAACUAACACAAUUUACAAUUUCAUGAUGAGUUUUCAAUUUUUUUGUAUGACUAAUUUUAAAAUAGUGUAUUUCCAAUUUUAGUAAAUUGUAAUAUUGAUCCGAUUUUGCAACACUACCUCCAAUUCAAGUUUGAUACAUUUUCAUUGUGACUAUAUCAUGAAAAAUUUUCAACAUACAGUUUUUAUAUUCUAAAGAAAGGUAGUUAUUUAUUAAAAGAAGACACCUUAUGGAUUAUGGUCUGUCUGUUUGUCCAUCAUCACUUUUGUUGUAACUCAAUAUCUUAAACCUUUUUCUACAAAUAGCUUUCAUAUCUGUACAAAGAUAUUUGACAGUUAAAGAAAGAUCCCAAUGGAUUUUUUAAUCAUGAGGUCAAAGGUCAAGGUUACAACAGACUUGCUACACUUAGAACUUUUAUAUUUUAUACAAAGUUAAUGUAGUUGAUCAUGCUGUUGAACAUAGAAAUGAAGAUUAAUCACUCCUCUCUGUCUUUACAAACAUUAAUAAAUUCUCUGUCAUUAGCACUAAGCUCAUGUAAUACAUGAAAAGUUCUUAGCGGGGCCUUUUCUGGCUAAGUCAGUUUUCUGGUACAUCUGUAUACAAAUGAUGUAUGAUAUACUUUUUAAUUGUUUUUAGGAAAGGACUUGUAUAUUCAGGACUUUAUGGUUAUGAUUUGGAAGAUCAUUCCAUUCACUUUGAUUUACUUUGAGUAUAUUAAGUAAAGACUUCUUUUAUAAAGCUACAUGGUUUUAUAAUGUGUAGAAACUGUUUGUGUAUCUUACAUUUAAUUUGUACAGUCUAGUCAAUCUAUUAACAAUAUUGGGAAAUUGGAAGGAUUACCAUAUCAACAUGGUAACACUUACCAAAUACUACUACCUGAAUUUGAAUCGUGAAAACAAUGAACUGCAAUAGAAUUUGAAAUACAAAUGCAUGUAUGUUAGUCUGCCUUUUGAAUAUAUUCACAAUUUCAAUGUUUUUGCCUUUGAUAUUUUUACAAAUUUCAAUGAUAGGUAUUUAUUUGAGAAUUUCGGGGAAAAAUGGAAGUAGAAUGUAAAUGAAAGGAAUAAAUUUCAUUUUUGAAAAUAUGUGAGGGUAUGAACUGCAAUGCUUUAUGUCGACAUACUCCAUGAAGCGCAUUAGCUAACAUGCUUCUUGAAAUAUACCGUCACAUUUAUUUUCAACAAUGAAAUUUAUUUCUUGAAUAAAUGUUUUAAAAACAAUAGAAAUUUGUAAAGAGAUGAACAGAUAUUACUGUACAUAAUCAUGUGAUAUUUAAGCAAAGCUAGGAUGACUGCAAUUUGGUAUUUUGUGAUAUAUUGUUUUGCACAGGUUGUAAGGAAUGUCAUAGGGCAAUGUUGUGGUAGUACGUGCAAUAUUUGAGUUCAGAUGAUUAUGAUUUUUACUGCUAUACUCUAGUCUUUUGUGUUUAAAACUUGGUGCAUUGUAAUUAUGUGUCUGUUUGAAUUUAAAUUUUAUAUUUGUUUCAAUUCAGAUGAUUUUAGUUUAUAAACAUAUUGUUUUUCAUGAGUGAUAACCUAAUUGAUCAAGCCCAAAGUUUCGAUAGCUCAAUCAGAAGUUUUGGGAUAAUUCAUCUCUUACAUUUCAGCAUGUAGUACUUGUAUAGGUAAACAACUUGAUAUUUCUAACUGCAUUUGUUACACUGAGAAGAGAAUUGAAUGCAUGGUGACAUUUGUAAUCGAUUUCUGGUUAUUUUAAAGUUUUUAGACUCAAAUAUAUUGGAUUUCCUUAUACAUGUAUGUUCCUUUACAAAAUUCCCCACUACCUACUUUUAUCAAACUAAAUCACCCACCCUCAAGUUGUUAAAGGUUGGCAACAUUGAUGAAUAUGUUGUAUUUGCUUAAUGUACAAUUACUUUUAAACUCGCCUUAGCUGAAAUCUUGAACUUUUCUGAUCACUUUAUGUCUGUCGUCUCUCCAUCUGCCUGUCUGUCCGUAAACUUUUCUCAUUUACAUCUUCUCCUCCAGAACCUCAGGGCCAAAUUCAAUCAAACUUGAUAAAAAAUCAUCCUUGGGUUAAGGGGAUUCAAGUUUGUUAAAAUGAAGGGCCAUGUCCCUUUCAAAGAGGAGAUAAUCAGGAAAUGCAAAAAUAAGUUUGGGUCAUUCAAGAACCACUUUGGUAGAAAAGUUUAAAUUUAGAAGAAAGCCUCCUGACAUAGUGUGGAUUCAAGUUUCUUGAAAUUAUAAACCCCCAGGUGUAGGGUGGGGACCAGUAUAGGGAUCAAAGUUUUACAUAGUUAUAGGGAUCAAAGUUUUACAUAGUUAUAGGGAUCAAAGUUUUACAUAGUUAUAGGGAUCAAAGUUUUACAUAGUUAUAGGGAAACAUCUUUGAGAAUCUUAUCAAGAACAACAGGGCAAUGAUUACUCAUACAUGUACUAGUAUGCAAGCAACCCCAGGUAGUGCAGGUUCAAGUUUGUUAAAAUCAUAACACACACACACAGUUGUAGGAUGGGGCCACAGUAGGAGAUACAAUUUAAUGAGAAAUAUAUAGGAAAAACUUCUCAAGAACAACAUGGCCAUGAUUAUAGUCAUAUUAAUAUGCAAUCAUCUUCAGGUAAUGCAAAUUCAAGUAUGCACAAUUCAGGGGAUAGGGUUGGGCCACAGUAGGGGAUCAAUGUUUUAUAUGGGAAUAUGUAGGGGAUUAAUUAAAACAAAUUCUUUUCAAGAAUAGCAUAGUCAUACUAAAUCAUCAAAAUGCAAACAUUCCUAAAUUUAGUGGAUUUAAUUUUUUUAUGCAUGAUCUAAAAUCCAUCAUCCAUAUGGAGGUUUGUAAUGACUCGUAAAUGACUCAUGUUGAUUUUCAGGUCAAAAAGUUAUCAUGUAUUUAAUUCCCCUGUGUCGAAGAUUGGAAGGUAUAUUGCUUUUGUCCUGUUUGCCUAACCAAAUUAUAACUUUUGAAUGGUGAGUGAUAGAGCUCUUAUAUUUCAUAUGUGCAUUCCUUAUGACAAGACCUUUCUUUGGUUGUGAUUUUGACCUUACAUUUCAUACCAUGAUCUUUGACCUUGUAUCAAUGUUAUGCCAUGACCCUUUGAGGCUAUGUUAGGGCCACAAUGUAGGGUAAAAAGAUGAAAUGGGAAUAAAGAUUUUUUUAAAUCUUAAAAUCACAACAACACAUUCAGGUGAGUGAUAUGAUCCAUGGGCCUCUUGUUUCAAAUAUUGAUAUUCAUAAGGAUGAAAUUGUAUAUUUCAUCAGCACAAACUCCUCAAAUAGGUUUGAGACAGGGAGCAUUUUUGAUAAGUAAUAAAUAUAAGAUAUUUUCAUGCUCCCCAAAUCAAAUUAUCAGUUGGGAAGGGGGAUACUGUUUUUGUAAUGUCUGUGUCUGGCACACUGUAACUGUGGACAUAGUCAAUUGAAAGGUUGAAGUCUAAGGUAUGAAUAAUCUGAAUGUUCAAUUUUGCGAAAGCUCAUUGGCAGAGUCUUUCACAAACGCAUGUUUUCAUCUAGUUUCUUGCUAGUGUUUAUUUUAAUGUCGUGAUACAGGGAAAAAAAGGUAAAUACCAUAAAAUGGUAACCAUCCUGAUUGAAAUUGAUUUAUUGAAGACAAUAAAAUCAGUUUAAUUUUAUUUGAUUUAUCGGGGGAGGUUGAAUUCAUGUACUGAUAGUUUUUAAAACACAGAUGCGAGACCUUGGGGGGGUGGGGGUUGCCAUUUUGAAAACCUGUGUUAAAAACUAAAAACAAACUUCAGUACUUAUGGGCUGAAACAUCUUAGGGCAAAAUGUCUCCAUCUGGGGUGGAUUCUGCAUGUAGAUUUUUGUUGAACUGUCAAUGAAUCCUCCACUUUUAUUUCAGAAUAAUGCCAAUUAUAAGUAAGGAUUUGUGUACAUGCAUGUAUAUUUGACUGGUGGAAAUAUAUUUUGGGUGAUUUUUCAGCAAUUGAUGAAAUGAAUUAACAGUAAUGUGAUCAUGAUGUAUGAAUGUUCUUUACAUGGAAAUGUCACCUGGGUUCUUAUGGUAUUGUUUGAUGCAUUUCAUUUUCAUCAUUGUCAAAUGCAACAAAUCCUUUCAUAUUUUAUGUACCAAAUAUUAUUUUGAAGUUUUUUGCCAAAUUCAAUGUGUUUUUCUUGUUUUACCUGACAAUUCUUUACCUGGACUUAUUUCAUGGCUGUAAUGCUGUCUUUUGUAUAUUUUUUAUGAUAUUGAAUUUGUUAUUCUAUGGGAUCAUUCUCUUCACAUUCCAGUGUGUGGUUUUUGUUUAUUUGUGUUGUUGUUUUUUUUUUGGUUUUUGUGAAUGGAUUUUAUUAUACAAAUAUAAAGUCACGAAGUAUUUACAAA